AUGGUGGAGAACGGUGGUUCCAGCGGUGGAAGUGAGAGUCCAAAUGCGACUUGUGCUCGUUCAGGAUUGUUAGAGACGUUAGUACGAGGUGUAUGGUAUCGUGUACAUUGUUCCUUGGAAGAUGAUUAUUUAAGCGUAUCUUUGGAUGACGGCUACGACGCAACCACCACUCUUAAUGGCACAUUGAAUAACAAUAAUGUUGAAACACCAAACAGCGACUUUACAGAAGUGCCUGAAGCUAUUGCUAAUCAGAAACGCCUAGUGCAAGUCGUAAAAUCAGACAAUAAUGGUUUAGGUAUAUCUAUAAAAGGAGGAAUAGAAAACAAUAUGCCCAUAUUGAUAUCAAAAAUAUUUAAAGGUAUGGCUGCUGAUCUCACAGAGCAAUUGUAUGUUGGUGAUGCAAUUCUUUCUGUCAAUGGUGAGGAUUUAAAAGAUGCAACACAUGAGGAAGCAGUAAAAGCAUUAAAAAGGGCAGGGAAAAUGGUUCAGUUAGAAGUGAAGUAUUUGCGCGAAGUUACCCCAUACUUCCGUAAGGCCUCAAUCAUCAGCGAAGUUGGGUGGGAGUUGCAGCGUGGCUACAUGGCAGAUGCGCCACCUUCGCCGCCGUCACCUAGACGACGACGAGCUGACACUCGCUACGUACCCCUUCUAAUGGCAUGCGUCGCCAAGAAUCUACGGCAUCAUGAUCCAGAGGAUCGCAUAAUCGAAAUAUACUCACCGGACGGUGUCCAUGCGUUGGCUUUGCGCGCUGGCACGGCCGGUUCGGCGGCGGGCUGGCAUCGCGCACUCCAUGCGGCCGUACGCCGAGUCGCCAGGGCUGCGAUGGCUCGUGCACGGCCGCGCCUGCGAGCAUUGGUGGGCGAAGUGCGGUACGCUGGCUGGCUGGCUCGGCGGCCGCCACAGGAUCUUAUGGGAGCUUCUGGCGGUUCAGACAGUUCCGAUGAUAUGGAAGGCUGGGUGCCAACCUUCGUCGCCAUUACCGAUCGCGAGUUGAGAUUGUACGAGGCGGCGCCGUGGUCGGCGGAGGCGUGGUGCGCCCCCACAGAGAACUUCAACCUGGCGGCGACGCGGCUCGCGUGGUGGCGGCGCGGCGGCUCGGGGCCGGGCUCGGGCGAGGAAGCGGAGGGCGGCGGGGCGGGUGGCGGGGCGGCUGCGCUGGGCGUGCGCGCCGGCACGGCGGGCGGGCUGUGCGUGCGCGCGCUGCGGGCCGACACGCCGCACGACCUGGCCGCGGUCGCGGGCGCGCUCGUCGACGGCGCUCAUCACGCGGUGCGCGCGCAACCCGAGUUCACUUUCCGGUGCCGGUUCCGCGGCGUGUGCGCGCGGCUGGCGCUGGGCGCGGGUGGCGUGUGCGUGUGGGAGGCGGCCGGCUCGCUGGGCCGCGGCGGUGCGCGUGCGCUCUACCGCCGCCCGCUGCACGCGCUGCGCGCCUCCGCCGACGACGACCGCGCCGCGCUCUGGCUGCACUUCGCCGACGACGACACGCUCGUACGUACCGCAGCUGCACGCUGCAUACAUACUGCACACUCCGCCGACGACGACCGCGCCGCGCUCUGGCUGCACUUCGCCGACGACGACACGCUCGUACGUACCGCAGCUGCAUGCUGUAUACUGCAUGCUCCGCCGACGACGACCGCGCCGCGCUCUGGCUGCACUUCGCCGACGACGACACGCUCGUACGUACCGCUGCUGCACGCUGUAUACUGCAUGCUCCGCCGACGACGACCGCGCCGCGCUCUGGCUGCACUUCGCCGACGACGACACGCUCGUACGUACCGCAGCUGCACGCUGCAUACAUACUGCACGCUCCGCCGACGACGACCGCGCCGCGCUCUGGCUGCACUUCGCCGACGACGACACGCUCGUACGUACCGCUGCUGCACGCUGUAUACUGCAUGCUCCGCCGACGACGACCGCGCCUGCGCUCUGGCUGCACUUCGCCGACGACGACACGCUCGUACGUACCGCUGCUGCACGCUGUAUACUGCAUGCUCCGCCGACGACGAACCGCGCCUGCGCUCUGGCUGCUCUGCGCCGACGACGACACGCUCGUACGUACCGCUGCUGCACGCUGUAUACUGCAUGCUCCGCCGACGACGACCGCGCCGCGCUCUGGCUGCACUUCGCCGACGACGACACGCUCGUACGUACCGCAGCUGCAUGCUGCAUUCCGGGUGGGAUGUCUCAAGUGUAUAA